CUAUUUUAUUACGCAACAUAUAUUCAAAAUUGCAUCUAAAAUCAUAUGGCAUCAACCCUUCAAAAGGCCAUUGAACUGGUUAAUAAAGCUACUGAAGAAGAUAAAAAUAAAAAUUAUGAAGAAGCUUUACGUCUUUAUCAGUUUGCUGUUGAAUAUUUUUUACAUGCAAUCAAAUAUGAGGCCCAAAAUGAUAAAUCAAAGGAAACUUUACGCUCUAAAUGUAAUGAAUAUCUCAAUAGGGCCGAAAAAUUAAAACAAUAUAUUGCCAAACAGAAACACCAAAAAAAACCAUUGAAAGCUGGAGAAACCUCAAAUUCAUCUCACAAAGACAAAGAUGGAAAUUAUAAUAAUAACAGUGAGGAUGAAGAGGACCCCGAUAAGAAAAAAUUGAUGAGCCAAUUACAAGGAGCUAUUUUAACCGAAAAACCAAACGUGAAGUGGUCGGACAUAAUAGGCUUAGAGGGCGCUAAAGAAGCACUUAAGGAAGCAGUCAUACUACCAAUAAAGUUCCCUCAUUUAUUUACAGAAAAGCGUAAACCGUGGAAAGGAAUUCUGCUUUUCGGACCCCCUGGGACGGGUAAAUCAUACCUUGCUAAGGCCGUGUCUACCGAGGCCUCCAAUUCGACAUUUUUCGCCGUUUCGUCUUCAGAUCUCGUCUCCAAAUGGCUAGGGGAAAGCGAAAAGUUAGUGAAAAAUCUUUUCGAAAUGGCGCGACAAAACAAACCAUCCAUAGUAUUUAUCGACGAACUCGAUUCACUCUGCUCUUCUCGUUCCGAGCAAGAAAGCGAAUCGGCCCGCAGGAUAAAGACCGAAUUUUUGGUACAAAUGCAAGGUGUAGGAAAUAAUAACGAUGGCGUAUUGAUUCUGGGUGCUACUAAUAUUCCUUGGGUACUCGACUCGGCUAUCAGGAGAAGGUUCGAGAAAAGGAUCUACAUUCCGCUUCCUGAUUAUCCGGCACGCGUUCAAAUGUUCAAACUUUACAUGGGACCGUCUAACAUAACGGAAAACGAUUAUACUGAACUAGGCAGACGAACCGAGGGAUAUUCUGGCUCCGACAUUCAUCAGGUCGUUAGGGACUCACUCAUGCAACCAAUCAGGAAAGUUCAAUCAGCUACCCAUUUCAAAAAAGUUAGAGGUCCUUCCCGUAAGGAUCCGGCUAUUAUAGUUAAUGACCUCCUUACCCCUUGCUCACCGGGCGACGUCGGAGCAAUGGAAAUGUCAUGGAUGAAUGUCCCUGGUGAUAAAUUGUUAGAACCUCAAGUUACCAGGGUCGAUAUAUUCCAAUCACUCUCCAAACAAAAACCGACAAUUACUGAAUUAGAUUUGGUUAAAUUAAAGAAAUUCUCCGAAGAUUUUGGUCAAGAUGGGUGAUAGGUUUUAUUUUCUCCCCUUCAAUCUCAUUAUUUAUUUUCAUUUCACUUUUUAUUAUAAAUGAUUAUUAAUGUUUCCCUUUGUGAGCAGAUACGCUGCAAAAAUGUUUUCAAACAACGUAUAAAUCAAUGAAUGAUCAAUCGUAUAACGAUAUUUAUGAUUUUUUUUUAUUAGUAUUAUAAUAUAAUUUAGAUAUUUAAAAAAAAAAUACUACAGCUUAUCACCUAACAAUGUUCCAUAACCAGCUCAUAUAAGGCAAAUAAAAAUAAGAGCUGUUAUCUAUGAGAUUCAACUUUUAUAUAAUUUAUUAUAUUAUGUUAUUUCAUCUUAUCAAAGAUUUAUAUUAUUUACACCCAGAUCAUUCUCCAUUCAUUGUAAAAAUAUCUUUUCUACACCCCCCCCCUCCAUUAA